AGUGCCGAACUCAACACACAAAACGUUUUGUAGUUUGAAGCUAUUUGGCUGCUGUAUGCGUCAGAAUAGGGGAGGUUUUUCUUGACCAUCUCCAGCCACUUUUCAUUUUGGCACCCUAAGGCGAUGAUGGAGGCUCUGAAGUUUGCAGCCGUGCUGUUGGUGGUCGUGUUCGUGCAGGUUUUCGGCGCGCUGGGGACUCCGCUCUCCGGGGAAGACGAAGACGGAGAGGUGUGGACGGUGGACAACUGGCAGGGCUAUCCGCUAGAGAGAGGAAUAACCAUCCAGCUGGCAGACCUCAUCAAGCGGUCUAAAUCACAGCAGUUCCACGGCCUGAUGGGAAGAAGCUUGGGUGCGUCUCAACCUGUGAGACUGGGCAGGAAAAGAAAUAAAGGGGAGAUGUUUGUUGGACUCAUGGGCAAAAGGAGUUUAGGUGGAGAUAUGGAGGAGGAAUGGAAAUCUGACUCUUACUAAAGAUGAAAAAAUCACCUUAACAACCAUAAUCAAAGCUCAGAUUGAACUGCGGUGUCAUGUUCAGUCCUAUGUUGUUGAUCAACGGGACGUAGAGUGUCACACGGUCUGACCAGGACAGAUGGUCUACACACCUGUUGCAAUUAACUCAGAUUAAUUUAAGAUGCUGCAUAUCACCAUCAUCAUCAUCAUCAUCAUCAUCGCCUAUCCGUCACCUUUGAACUAUAAUCUAUAUUGUUAUCGAUAAUAUUUAGUCACAUUCAAAACUAUAAUGUACCUGUAACCCUUAUGUCUUUAAAGAGAGUUUGCACAUUUCAAUUAAAUCCAUUCAAGCUGA